AUGGGCAAGAAGAGAGUUCUAGUGAGCUACGGCGUUGAUAUUGAUGCGGUAGCGGGCUGGCUGGGUUCAUACGGUGGCGAAGACUCAACUUCAGACAUCUCUCGAGGUCUUUUCGCUGGAAGCAUUGGGACCACCAGACUGCUGAAGUUGUUUGACAAGUACCAGAUCAAAGCGACCUGGUUCAUUCCCGGUCACUCUCUCGAGACGUUCCCCGAAGAGUGUGCUGCGGUCAGAGAUGCCGGACACGAAAUCGGUCUUCAUGGCUACUCGCACGAGAACCCCGCAGACAUGACUUUCGAGCAACAGCGAGACGUCCUUGACAAGACUUAUAGGAUGUUGACUGAUUUCUGCGGCAAGCCGCCACGUGGAAGCGUCGCUCCGUGGUGGGAGACGAGUGCAGAGGGUACUGAGCUAAUGCUUUCCUAUGGCAUUGAAUAUGACCAUUCCAUGAGCCAUGAGGACUGUCAGAUGUACUGGUUGCGUACUGGUGACUCUUGGACCAAAAUUGACUACACAAAGGAUGCCAAGACCUGGAUGAAGCCUCUCGUCAAGGGCAAGACUACCGGACUUGUGGAGAUUCCUGGAUCCUGGUACAUUGACGAUUUGCCGCCCAUGAUGUUCAUUAAGAAGAGCGCGAAUAGCCAUGGAUGGGUGAAUCCCAGAGAUGUCGAACAGAUUUGGAUGGAUCACUUCGACUACUUCUACAGAGAAUACGAUGAAUUCAUCUUCCCUAUGACGAUUCACCCAGAUGUGAGCGGACGACCUCACGUACUCCUAAUGCAUGAAAGAAUCAUUGAACACAUCAACAAACACGAGGGUGUUGAGUGGGUCACGAUGGAGCAAAUGUGUGAUGACUUCAAAUCGAAGAACAACCCGCCCGAGGGUGCACUGCUCCCAGCUACUCGUGAAGAGGUUGAACGCAACAUUUUAGGCAAGGCUUGA